GCAUUUGUGUCUCAAACCUUGUCUCUUUCUCUCUCUACUGCGUCUUUUUGGACAGAGAGAGUGGUGUAGAGAGAGAAAGCAAAGUCACCACCAUUAGAUAAAGAAACAAAACAUUGCCGUUUGAGAAAUGAUUACAGCAAAAACUAUCUUGUCAUUUAUGGAGUUUUCUUCAAACUAAAAAAAAAAAGAAAAAAGAAACCCCAUAAAGUUAAACUCUUUAAUUUCCUCAAAUAACACAACAAAAAGAAAGGAAAAAAACCCAAAUGCAGGUACCCAUUUGAGAGUUGAUUCUCAGGAUCCGAUUUCCUUUUCCAAGAUCUCACCAUUUUUUCUUCUAUAAGAAUUUGCAUUGUUGCUUUGAGGUCUUAUGAUUUGAAGUUAUGCUGAUUAUGACACAGUGGCUUCUUAUUGUGCUUAGAAGUAUUUUUGCGUAUGUGAAGGGGUUAGACUAGGGAGUUUUGUAAAUAUCAUAGAGAGAAGAUGAAAUCCGACACGCUUCUUGAUUAUGCCGUGUUCCAAUUAUCACCAAAGCGCUUGAGAUGUGAUUUAUUUGUUUCAAGCAAUGGAAACACAGAAAAGCUUGCUUCUGGGUUAGUAAAACCAUUUGUUACUCAUUUAAAGGUGGCAGAAGAACAGGUUGCACUGUCACGUCAAUCAAUUAAGCUUGAAGUUGAAAAGCGUAAAAAUGCCGAGACGUGGUUCACAAAAGGAACACUUGAGAGGUUUGUGCGGUUUGUUAGUGCACCAGAGGUUUUGGAAUUGGUGAACACAUAUGAUGCAGAGAUGUCUCAGUUGGAAGCAGCUCAAAGAAUAUAUUCUCAGGGAAUGGGAGAUCAGCCAUCUGGUGCAUUAGGUGGGGAUGGUGCAGGAAUGACAGCAGCUAUUGAUGCAACAAAGAAGGAGCUUUUAAGGGCUAUUGAUGUACGUCUUGUUGCUGUUCAGCAGGACUUAGCAACAACUUUUGCUCGUGCAUCUGCUGCUGGUUUUAACUCUGAUACUGUAUCUGAACUCCAACACUUUGCAGAUCGGUUCCGUGCUCAUCGUUUGAAUGAUGCUUGCACCAAAUUCAUAUCACUGUGCCAGAGAAGAUCAGAACUGCUUGGCCUAUGGAAACAAGGUGUUGAUGAUCAAGUGGUCAGAACCUCAUGGGGAUCUGACAUGUCAAUCGACGACCCCAAUCAAGACCAAAUUGGGGGGUCCCAUGUUACCAUCUGGCCCCACCAACCUUUCCAGAAUAAACACCAAGAACGACUACAACCAAACACUAUGCAGACCCAGCACCAUAUAGACCAAUCAAAGCCAGCCACAUCUCAACAACCAAAGCCCUCAAGUACUACACAACAACGUUCUCAAAAAGAAGAAAAGGAAGAAGAGAAGAUAGAGGAGGGGGUGAUUGAGUCAUCACCUAGCCAGAUUGGUCAACCUGCUAGGCGGCUUAGUGUGCAGGACAGGAUCAAUCUCUUUGAGAACAAACAAAAGCAGACCUCAAGCUCUGGAGGCAAACCCAUUGCCGUUGGCAAAUCUGUAGAACUGAGAAGGCUUUCAUCUGACGUAUCAUCUGUGCCUGCAGUUGCUGAAAAGGCUGUGUUACGAAGAUGGAGUGGUGCAAGUGACAUGAGCAUUGACUUGGGUAAUGACAAGAAGGAUGGUAAUUCAGAUAGCCCUUUGUGUACACCCUCCUCAUCUUCCGUGUCUCCGGGUAAAAGCAAUGUGUUUCAAGGUUUAUCUGAGGAUAAGGAACAAAAAGAUGAGAAGGGUUUGAGUAACAAGGUAAGUUCAGUUAAAGUUGAACCUAAGAAUGGUCCAGGUAGAGCUGCUGAUUCUGGUUUGAAAGAUCAGGGAGAAGUGCAAGUACAGGUUGGUAAUCUUUUGGGGAAAGAGGAGGAUGUGGGAUUGAAGGGGCAGAUGACUUGGAAGGAUCAAUUAGGAUCACAGAACAACCAAUACCAGUCUUUUACGGGUAAGUCAGAACAGGUUGAGGUGGGCGAUCAAGUGGUUUCUCAGGAGAAGCUUACGGGUUUGUUAACAGGAGAGAGGGGAGUUUCAGAGGUUCAGUCUCGAGUUUUUCCUAAUAGGGCUGUGAUUGUUGGGGUUAAAAACCUACCCAGUUCUCAGUUGCAGUUUGGAGUUUUUGCAGAUACAAUGGAGGACACCACAACUGAGGGUGAAUUAAAGAAUAGAGUGGAGGCUCAAGGCAAAGAACAAUUGGUAACACAAUUGCAUCUUAGGGCUCAAGGCCACCCCCGAACAUUAUCAGGGCAGUUUGAAGGUGGUAUUGGACUAAAAACUAAGGAGGCUCAGUAUAAAGGCAGUGAAGGUGAGCAGUUUACUCCUCAUCUGCCGUGGAGAUCUUUGGCCGGUGAAGUUGAGGAAGUGGGAAAGAAAGACUUAACAUCAUCUGAGAAGCAAAUAAGCAAAGUUGAGGAUUCUGGAAUCCAUAAAAUGAAGUUCAAGAAACAGGUUCCAGUAGGUGCUGAACAGAGCAAGAAGUCACAGGGUAGGAGGGAUGAAGGUGGUUCUUUUUAUGCAAAUAACAAGUCUGUUAUUGGUAAAAAGGUACCUGAGAUUAAAGAGAGUUUUAAUGCCCCAAUGAUGCCAGUAGAUCAAUCUCAGAGGAUACGGCAGUCAAGGGGAAACCAGGAGCUGAACAAUGAGUUAAAAUUGAAGGCAAAUGAACUUGAAAAGCUUUUUGCAGAGCACAAACUUCGGGUUCCUGGUGAUCAAUUCAGUUCUGCGAGGAGAAGCAAGCCUGCUGAUGCUCAGAUCGAACAAGAAGCCAGCUCACGGUACAAGAAACUGGUGGCAGUAGAUGUAUCUCAUGAACAGAUGCCCCACAGAAACUCAAUGUCUGAACCAAUGGGGAGUUUGAGUAAUAUGGCUAAAUUUUGUACUCCUCCAGCAAAGAUUGUAGAUAACCAGGAGUAUGCUGACAGUUUGAGGCAGAAUUUCUCUGGUAUCAGCUUUUCAGAUGAUUCUAGAGGAAAAUUUUAUGAGAGGUACAUGCAAAAGAGAGAUGCAAAGCUGAGGGAAGAAUGGGGUUCUAGAAAGGCUGAGAAGGAAGCCAAAUUGAAGGCUAUGCAGGAUAUCCUUGAGCGAAGUAGAGCUGAGAUGAAGGCCAAAUUUUCUGGUUCUGCUGAGGAUUCUGUUUCUAGUGCUCGUCGACGAGCAGAGAAAAUGAGGUCAUUGAAUUUUCGUUCUCAGAGGGAGCAGCAUCCAAUAAGUUCAAUUCAGAGUGUAGAUGAAGAUCUUUCUGAGUUUCCAGAUCAGAAGUACUAUGGACAGGAUAGAUCAUUUAAUGAGGCAUCUUUACUAGAUGGUUCUUCUAGGAAUUCUAACACUAAGAAACUUUUAACAAAUAAAAAUGUGUCUUUAUCCACUCCUCGCACUACACCAGCAGCUGUUCCACGCUCAGCUGCCAAAGUUUCGAAUCCCAGUUCUGGAAGGCGAAGAGCACAAUCUGAAAAUCCUGUUGCGCAGUCUGUUCCCAACUUCUCUAAUCUCAGAAAAGAAAAUACAAAGCCGUCUUCUGGAGCUGGCAAGAUGACUAGCCGUUCCCAAGUGAGAAACUGUGCUCAGAGCAAGAGUACCAAUGAAGAGAUUGAUCUUGGCAAGGAUGAACAGCCUCGAAGGUCUCAAUCCCUUAGGAAAAGCUCUGCUGGACUUGUAGAAAUUUCUGAUUUGUCUGCCUUGAACUCUGAUGGCAUUGUUUUGGCACCUUUAAAAUUUGAUAAAGAGCAGAUGGAACAGAGCUUCAGUGACAAAAUUUUGAAGAAUAUGGAACCAAAUCCUCUCCUGAGGAAGGAUAAUGGCAUGGGUCCUGAUGCUGGAGUAAAUAUUGCAAAGUUCAAAGCAUCAGAGGCAUCUGAGACUUCAAAAGAUGAAGAGUCUGAUGAGCUAGCAUUUGAAGCAGAUGAUUCCUUGGAUAUGGCCAAAGAAGAUGAAGAGGAUGAGCUUGCUAUGGCGGUUGACGAUUCUGCUGACAUGGUAUAUGGAAGAUCAAGACUAAGCCAGGAAUCUGACAAGUUGGAUAAUUCUGGAUCUGAGAAUGGUGAUUCCUUGAGGUCUCUUUCUCAGGUCGAUCCUGCUUCAGUUGCUGAACUGCCAGCUGCAGUGCCCACUGCAUUCCAUACUGGAGUAUCCCUGCAGGAUUCACCAGGAGAAAGUCCUGUAUCAUGGAAUUCACGCUUGCAUCAUCCAUUUUCUUAUCCCCAUGAGACUUCACAUAUUGAUGCUUCCAUGGAUUCCCCCAUUGGGAGCCCUGCAUCUUGGAAUUCUCACUCACUCGCUCAAACAGAGGUGGAUGCUGCUCGAAUGAGGAAGAAAUGGGGAAGUGCUCAGAAACCUUUUCUUGUUGCUAAUGCAACCCAUAAUCAGUCACGUAGGGAUGUGACAAAAGGGUUCAAAAGGUUGUUGAAAUUUGGACGGAAAAACCGUGGGACAGACGGUUUGGUGGACUGGAUCUCUGCUACAACUUCUGAAGGAGAUGAUGACACAGAGGAUGGCAGAGAUCCUUCCAAUCGAUUGUCAGAAGAUUUGAGGAAAUCAAGGAUGGGAUUUUCUCAAGGCCACCCUUCUGAUGAUGGCUUCAAUGAAGGCGAGUUGUUCAAUGAUCAGGCUCAAUCCUUACAUAGUUCUAUUCCAGCACCACCAACAAACUUCAAAUUAAGGGAAGAUCAUAUGUCUGGAAGCUCCAUAAAAGCACCACGAUCAUUCUUUUCACUCUCAUCAUUUCGAAGCAAGGGUAGCGAUUCCAAGCCUAGAUAUAUUUCAUUUGGGGGAAGUUCAGGAUAAGUGCUUGGAAUCACAUCUUUGAGCAGUAGGCUGUAAAGACAGACAGAUGCUUGAGGGAGGCACGAUACAGUUGAAAAGCAUAACAUCUGCGAAGGGACUUGUAAAUCUUCAUGGAGCCACGAGGCCUUCCUCAUGAUCUAGUGAGUAAUUUUCUGUAGUUGUGUCCAGAUAUGUUGUAUAUUGUAUUGAACAAGAAAUCGCCUAUUGGCUCCAAGUCAUUGUGAUUUUGGUAGUCCAGAGGCAUUCUUUUUGUCCUUUUAAUAUGCUUUUGCCAUGUGAUGUAUAUCAAAAAUUGAACUCUUUGUUCAUCAGAGUUAUUGACAAUGCGGAGUAAAAGAAAAUUGCUUUUAUCUUAGUUGCAAUUUUCUAAUUAUCCCUUUUUUCUGGGUGGAAUUCCCUUACCCUUUAUCGUAUUCCUAUACUAUUAGAUUUUAUUAGAAAAUUCGAGUCUUAAAACUUGAUUUUAAUAUAUUGUUAAGCUCGACUCGAAAACU